AGCCUUCCAGGGUGACUCGUUUGUAAUUUGUGCGCUGCUUCGCGAACAUCAACAGAAGAACGGCAAUGGCGACCGAACUAGAAGAACUGAUAGACUUCCUCUCUGCCCCCUCUCCUCCAGUGAAGAAGGCGGCUGUCGAUAUUGUACGGGGAUUGACGGGAUCUGAGGAUGGCUUACACUCCCUUUCCAAUUACGCCAACACUGUGCUUCCAUCGUUGUCUCGGCUUUUGAGUGAGGAUAAGGAAGUUUCAGAACCGGCUGCUGAAGCUCUUGUAAAUCUGUCACAAAAUGCAGAACUGGCUGCUAAGAUGGUUGAAAUUGGGAUGGUUAAAAUAGCCAUGGAUUUGUUGUAUAAGCCAGGCUCUAGCAUUACUCGAGUGCUGGUUAUGCUCCUAGUUAAUCUAACACAGUUGGAUGAUGGUAUUUCUUCCUUGCUUCAGAUUGGAGAUGAGAAGAUGCAAGGACUUUAUGUAAUGAAGCUAGUGAGAUCAUUCUGUAGAUCCAGUGAAGCCGGUGAUGAUCCUUUUGAUCAUGUUGGUUCAAUACUUGUAAACAUCUCAAAGAAAGAAGCGGGGAGGAAGAUGUUAUUGGAUCCUAAGCGUGGCUUGCUGAAGCAGAUUAUUAGACAGUUUGAUUCAUCUGGUCCAUUGAGAAAGAAAGGGGUGUCUGGAACUAUUAGGAACUGCUGCUUUGAAGCAGAGAAUCAGCUACAGAAUUUACUCUUGAUAUCAGAGUUUCUUUGGCCAGCUCUGCUUCUGCCAGUUGCUGGAAACAAGAUAUAUAGUGAACAAGACACAUCAAAAAUGCCACUUGAGCUUAGAAGUGCACUUUCCAUUGAGCGUGAACCAGUGAAGGAUCCUGAGAUUUGUGUUCAAGCACUGGAAGCUAUUUACUUGAUUACUUUACAGGAGGCUGGUCGAAGAGCCUUUUGGUCUGUCAAUGGACCAAGAAUAUUACAAGUGGGGUACGAAGAUGAAGAAGAUCCAAAAGUACUGGAAGCAUAUGAGCAAAUUGGCUCCUUGCUUGUUCAUGGCAGUGGGACAGAAGAACCAUCAACAACUUCAUCGAAAUAGCCAUUUACUUGUAUGUUCAUGGGUUUCUGCAGAUUCUUUUCAGGAGAUAUUGGAACCGGAGUUACAGGUCAUGACCAUGUGUUUUCGGUGCAAAUUGUUCUGGUUUUAGCUCAAGCUUCAAUUACAGAAGUUAGGCUCUCAAUAGGCAAGUUUAUGAUUUUUGCAGUGUGGAAUGUAUUCUGAAAAAUGUGAUCAAAUAUAAGAAAAAUACAAUUUGUUUACUGUAUAAUUUAUGGGUAAUCUUGGAUCAAUUACCAUUUUUGCAUUAUUUAUUAAUCUUGUGUUUCAUUUGAAAAUA